GUUAGCUGAUGCAACGAGAAGAAAAACGUGGUGUGGACUAUAAAAGGAAACAAGAGGCAACAGCAAGGAUAUUCCGAAUAAAGAAAUAUUGAAAGUCAUUUGUGAUUCUAACCAAAUAUGGCAGACGACGAUCUGUUGUCAUUCGAUCCAUCUCUAAAGAAAAAGAAGAAGAAAAAGAAGACCCCAUUUGAUGCAGAAGGGGCGACAUUUGGUGUAGAAGAGCCACCAAAGGAAGAUGAAGAGGAAACCACUGAACAGACAUCUGAACCAACGGCUCAGUCCACAGACAAAAUUGAUGAUGAUUUGUCUAUGGACUUUUCUCUUGGAAUGAAGAAGAAGAAGAAAAAGAAAAAAACAUUUGAUAUGGAAGAAGUUUCAGAACCUGUGCCUGAGGUGAAGGACACUGAUGAGGCAGAAGGGGCAAUAGAACAGACGGAUGCUCUAGACAGCACAGACUUUGACCUGAAUCUGCCGAUGAAGAAGAAAAAACGGAAGAAGAAAAAGGAUGUGGAAGAGGCUCUGCAAGAUCAGGCUGAUGAUCAGGAUGUUGAUGAAGAGGAAGGCCUGGACCAGACUAAGGAUGACAAACUAGAUGGUAUGAUGAACAGCGGCAAAGCCUGGCUCAGUUCUGACAGAGACUACACAUAUGAUGAGCUGCUUACCAGAGUGUUCGACAUCAUGAGGGAGAAGAACCCAGACAUGGUGGCUGGCGAAAAGAAAAAGUUCGUCAUGAGACCACCACAAGUACUUCGGGUGGGCACCAAAAAAUCAUCUUUUGCAAACUUUGCAGAAAUCUGUAGAAUGUUACAUAGACAGCCUAAGCACGUCUUGGCUUUCCUCUUGGCAGAACUGGGAACCAGCGGAUCAGUUGAUGGAAAUAACCAGUUAAUUAUUAAAGGCAGAUUCCAGCAGAAACAAAUAGAAAAUGUUCUAAGGAGAUACAUAAAAGAGUAUGUGACAUGCCACACAUGCCGAUCUCCAGACACCAUUUUACAGAAGGACACCCGGUUAUUCUUCUUACAGUGUGAAACAUGUGGUUCCAGGUGUUCUGUAGCCAGCAUUAAAUCUGGUUUCCAGGCCGUCACUGGCAAGAGGGCGGCCAUCCGUGCCAAGACCGCAUAAUUCUGAUUGGACUAGAGCUAAGGGGCAUGACCUGCGAUCGGACGGUCUUCUAUCAUUCACCCCAGACUACAGGCAGUUCCUUCAUCGGCCUGCUCUUCAGGCAUAGUGCUGGCUGUGAACACCAUUCUUGCCAGUCAGAUGCAGGACACAAGGCAGGAAGUUUAUAUUUUAUAACACUUCUCAUAUUAUGAUUGUGAUACUUGUCAUAUUUGGAUAGUUUCAUGAGAGUGGAGAUGAAAUGACACUUAAACCAUAACAUACGACAUACAGCUUUCAUCGGGUGGAAUCAGGUAUGCAUUCUAGUGAAGAUGAAUAACUCCAGCGGAUGACAGCGUUGUAGCCCUAACUGGCCACUUAACAGACCACACACAUAUACCCCAGUGGCUAUCAGAAGUACCCCAGUGGUACACACUGCGAUUCAAGGACAAGACCAUCGAUUUUUGACUGGGAUUGACUUGUUUCUAGAUGCUUUUUCGUAAACGUAAGACCCAAGCCCGCAUAAAGCAGCUUUAAUAGAAGCGGUUAAUCAACUAAUUAAUAAAACGGAAGUGACACAUACAGUGCAUGUAGAAGUAUAUUUAAAACUGAUUGAAGCGGGGGUGGGUCAUAUGUUUAGGAAAAGGGAUCUGGAAACACCUGAUACCCAAUGGAAAUUUGUUGGCCUUGACCUUUAAUGCCUUGUACCUCACAGACACAAACAUCAGGCCUUCAAAUUUGAGGUGAGCUAUCACACUCGCACACCUUUGCACUUCUGAAACAAAAUCUCAGUGUUCCUAAUAACAUGCCCUGACAUAAUGAGAGUUUCAGGCAGUAUGAGUUUUGGUAUCAAAUAUUCCACACCACCCCGCCUCUCCUAGUUUUGUACAGUAGACGUUACAAUCACACACAACUGCCCAAAAAGAUAAACAAGGCAUGGAACAAGUGAUUGAGGCUAUGUAUUAGGCUGCUACCUAUGGAGCUACAUUCCCACUUAAGGUGAUAGCUGCUGUAUUCCUACCUUCAACCUCUGGUUUUUUUUUGUUACACACAAGUACUUUAUUCUGUUUAAAAACGGUAUGAACGUGUUGAAUAUUUUGAUAUGCUAUGGGUAAAGAACAUUUGUCUGCCCCACAUACAUGUGUACAUGUGAUGCAUGGAAGAUUGGGUAGGUCCUUUUUCAUUUCAAACUGAAGCUAAAAUAGUAUAAAAGUCAUCCAGAGUCUGAAACAAGAGUCACAUUGAAAGUACUUUUUGUGAUAGUAUAAUGGCAUUUGUGGAUUGCACUCUUUUGUUAUAGUAGACUCACUGACAUUUAUAACUUCUGCCAGUUGCCCGUGUCAUGAGAUCAGUGGUUCAGAACCCUAAGAGGCCUCGUCUAUUUUAAAGCACCAGCUUUUGUAUUAUCUCCUAAAGCGCAAUCCCAAAUAAUGAAAACAUUGUAUCAUUAUGGUUACAGUAUAAGUAUGAUAUGUUUUGUUAAACUCAGAAACCUUCAUGAACUGAAAAAAAUGAAACCUGUUUUGAGUGUGAUAUGUUUUUUGUGAUUAAUUUUUGACCGAGCAGAUAUGAUAAAAAUAAAUCAUAAGGGGUUAAAGAUCACAGUUUUCAAUUUGGAUCCAUGAUUUUUGUAAUUUUAUCUGUAUUACUGUCUCUUAUUGUACAAAAUGUGGUCAAAUUUAAACAGGUAAUGGUUAUUAGUCAAUCUCUCGGUGAGAGUGUCUG